AUGCCACAAAUAUUGUACGUAAUUUUGUUGUCAGUAGUUGUGAUAAUACAAAUUGAUGCAGCAACGAUAUUGGCAGUGUAUCCAACGCCAUCUAUUAGUCAUCAAAUAGUAUUUCGACCUUUUACUUUGGAACUGGUUAAAAGGGGCCAUGAAGUGGUAGUUUUGACUACGGAUCCGAUAUAUAAUAAAAGUGAAGCCCCUGUUAAUCUUACGGAAAUUGAUGUCCAUGAUAUUUCUUAUGAUAUUUGGUACAAAGAAAAGGAAGCGUCAAAUAUAAUAAAAGGAAACAUAAAUGAUAUAAUUCCACAGAUGAGAGUUAUGUAUGGAGCAUAUUUAAAGUUUCUCGAAAAACUAUUAAGACAUAAAGAAGUACAAAAAAUUAUAAAUCGUAAAAAGAAGUUCGAUCUUUUGAUUCACGAAGCACUUUGUACGCCAGUUUUAAUUUUCUCACAUAUACUAAAUGUGCCUGCAAUUCAGAUAAGCUCUUUCGGAGUGGUUUAUGAUGUCCUAGAUAUUAUCGGAGCACCAACUCAUCCUCUCUUAUAUCCCAUUCCUGUUCAACAGAAAAUUUACGAUUUGACAAUAUGGGAUAAACUAAAGCAACUUUAUAUAUUUUAUCAAAUCGUUAAAAUAACACAAAAUUUUGAAAUAGGCUCUGAUGCUGUACUGCAAAAGGUGAUAGGUGCAAAAAUACCAAAACUUAAGGAUUUGAAGAAAAAUGUAGAAGUAGUUUUUUUAAACAUUUAUCCAUUUUGGGAUAUGAAUCGUCCUGCACCACCAAAUCUUAUAUACUUGGGAGGAUUACAUCAGCAACCUGAAAAAAAAUUACCUCAUCAUCUCAAAACAUACCUCGAUUCUUCAACAAAUGGAGUCAUUUACGUCAGUUUUGGUACUAACAUCGAACCGACCUCGCUGCCUCCGCACAAAAUUCAAAUAUUAAUAAAUGUCUUCUCUAAACUAAAACACAAUAUUUUAUGGAAAUGGAACAAAGAUGAAUUGCCUGGGCGCAGUGAAAAUAUCAAAAUCUCAAAAUGGUUUCCGCAAGCUGAUAUACUAAGACAUCCUAAGGUCAAGCUUUUUAUCACUCAAGGAGGUUUGCAGUCAACCGAUGAAGCUAUCACAGGCGAAGUUCCUUUGAUCGGUAUACCUAUGUUCGCAGAUCAGUGGUAUAAUGUAGAACAGUAUGUACACCAUGGUAUUGGUGUGCGAGUAGAUAUGGAGACUAUUAAUGAAUAUAAAUUUAGAAAUGCUAUCAAAGAAAUACUAAACAACGACAGUUAUCGACGUAAUAUUGUACGUUUGAAGAAUAUUAUACAGGACCGACCUCAGUCCUCAUUAGAACGAGCCGUGUGGUGGACAGAGUAUGUGAUACGACAUGGUGGAGCUAAACACUUGCGCUCACCUGCUGCAAACAUGUCCUGGACAGAAUACCUGGAGUUAGAAUUGAUCUUUUACUUACUUACAACUUGUCUGACAAUAACAGCACUUGUAAUAUACACUGUGUAUAGAAUAUUAGGAAGGAAAAAGAUUAAAGGCAAAUUGAAAUCGAAAUAA